AUGCGCAAAGGCGCGUGCGUGUAAGGUUCGGCAGCCUCUCAGUAGGUCCAAGCUCAAACCUCGGACCGGCGGACCGACUUGCCUGACCUGCCUUUCAUUUUGCCAGAUCUCCUUAAAUCGCGAUCCGUAGCUCUCUUCUCUCUUUUCCUCUUUUCUCAUCCUUCACUGGACCCCCACUCUUGACUCACACUUGACAAUCGACUGGUUUUGGGACUGUCUAUUCGUCAAGCAACAUCGAGAGUACUACCGAGGAACCCGCCUUUACUUACGCCGCUGCUGAGUAAUCUAGGCUCCUUACAGUGCGCAGGGCUCGAAUCGCGCUCAAACCACUCAAGCCCCAAGUUUCCGUUCGCGACUACCGCGGCCCCCAGACGGCCCUGUGCACCCACUGCAAGGCUCACUGAAAGUGCAAAAGGACGAAGUCGAACGGACACUUUGGCACGUGCUGCUCGCGGGCAAGGUGCGCCUCCCUCCCCCUCCCCAGCCCAAUCCCGAGUAUCGACAGCUACUUGAAGGCUCGGAUAGCGGUCAGUUGCUCCGUCCAACAACACGCGUCUGCAGUAGACCCGCAUGCUGAACUGUGCAACCCACCUACAUAGAAGCUAAAGCAUUCCGCGAGAAUGCCCGGUCGUACAAUAACGCACUGUUCUUCACUUCGCUCGCUGCUCACUUCGACCGAACUCAAGUGGGCACGGCAGGACCCCCUGUGAUUCGCGUGUUUAAUCGCCUCUAUGCUGGGGUCUCGCUGAGUGGCGUGCAUACGAGAAGUAAAUCGUGGCUUCCAAGCUGGUGAAGAAUGGACUGCCCAAGUCGCUUGGGAGAUGGUCAACGAAGUCGCGUCGCGUGAAGAGGAGCUUGCGCUCGAGACGCCUGGAGGAGGCUGCUCGGCGCCUUCGAGCGAGUUGGAAGCACUGGAAUUGGUUCGCGAAGCGGCGAGGAUCAAAGUCGGUGUCGAGGUCGGUGGAUCGUGA